GUUCUCACUACGACUGCAGAGGCACUGUGCGGCGCUCCUUGGCACAACUCGCUCGCUGAAGUCUGUGUGUCGCUCACUGGGCUCACUCAUUCGCUUUCUCUGUGUCGGUAGGUGGCCAUUGCCUGGAUUGCUACUCCGUGACAUCGUCCGUGCACUCGCAACGUCCGCGUCCCUUGUUUCGUCGCAGCAACGAACCACCCCAGCUCUGGAAUGAUGGCCGAUAUCGCCAGCUACGACGGCCACGCCGCAAAACGCCAAAGAACCGACGAAGGACGGGAUCGUGGUUAUGGAAACAACCAACAGCAAGGCUACAACUACUACAACAACCAACGAGGAAGAGGGCAAGAAGAGGAGAAGCCAAACCAUGUCCUUCUGAUGACCAUCCUCAACCCUGCUUACCCUAUCACAGUGGACGUCAUCCACACCAUCAGCACCCCGAGCGGCAAAGUGAUGCGAAUAGUGAUCUUCAAGAAGAACGGAGUGCAGGCCAUGGUCGAAUUUGACUCCGUGGAGUCUGCGGUACGAGCCAAGAAGUCCCUGAACGGCGCCGACAUCUACUCCGGCUGCUGCACGCUCAAGAUCGAGUACGCCAAGCCGACCAGGCUGAACGUGUACAAGAAUGACAACGACAGCUGGGACUACACCAACCCCACUCUGGGAAAAAGUGGCAGCGAACGUCCCGCCCUCCUUGGUGAGCCACGUGGCUUCGGUAGCUACGGCAAUGCAGGGGACGGCCGGGGCCCCUCCGCCGGCCCGGGCUACGCCGCCGAACGCAACGACUACGAUUACGGCGGGCCUCGAGGCAGCCAGUUCAGCAGCCCCGGCAGUGGCUACAACGACGGCUACGGAGCACCCCCCAACGGGCCCCAGGACCGCUACGGAGGUCCUCCAGAGCGCGACGGUGCCAGCUACGGGCCUGGGGGCGCCAACUCGUCGCCACAGGCGGCGGGCCCUCACCAGGGCUCCGUGCUGAUGGUGUACGGCCUGAACUCGGAGAAGAUGAACGCCGAGAAGCUCUUCAACUUGCUCUGCCUGUACGGCAACGUCGUCAGGAUCAAGUUCCUGAAGAGCAAGGACGGCUGUGCUAUGGUGCAGAUGGGGGACCCUCUGGCCGUGGAGAGGGCGGUGGGACACCUGAACAACGCACAGUUCUUCGACACCAAGAUGCAACUCGGGUACUCGAAGCAGGCGUUCCUAAACGAUGUGCAGCUGCCCUUUGAGCUUCCCGACGGAACGCCGUCCUUUAAGGACUUUAUGGGCAACCGCAACAACCGCUUCACCAACCCGGAGGCGGCCUCCAAGAACCGCAUCCAGCCGCCCUCGCGCGUCCUCCACUUCUUCAACACCCCCUAUGGCAUCUCGGAGGACGACCUCAAGAAGCUGUUCGAGGAAAUGGGCUGCCCGGUGCCAGCGUCGAUCAAGAUGUUCACGUCGAAGAAGACCGAAGAUGCAAAGCCUCGAAAGCCGGAACGCAGCAGCUCCGGCCUGAUGGAAUUCGAGACGGUGUCGGAGGCGAUAGAGGGCUUGAUAGGGUGCAACCACGCCCCAAUCAACAACCCCAACGGCAAGUUCCCCUACAUCCUCAAGUUGUGCUUCUCGUCUUCCGGCCCGAGGUACUGAACGUGCCGGACGCUGGAGCGCGCGGAUCCCGCCGCCUAUGCAUCGUCACAACCCCCCUCCUCUUCCUCUUUAUUGUUAUACUUUUUGUUUACGAAGAGACACGGAAAGGCACAAACAAAAAUAAAAACAAACAAAAAACACUCGCACCACCACUAACCAACAAGGAAGACGACACUACCACCAGAGACGGGAACAACAAAAACACCUCGUUUAUUUAGGGUGGAAGGAAAUAAAAAAAAAUGUAGGCCGUAGUAGUCGUAGGGGAGAAGAUCGAGGAAAAACAAAGAUUGCUGGGCAAGAGACGACGGCUUACCUUUCCUGUAUAUCCUGUGUACAAAGACAUUUUCAGAAGAGUAUUAUGGAAGUUUUGUUUUGACGUACCCCCCCCCUCAUCACUGUUGUUCACUCACCGAUUUGUCUGGUUUCUUAUUCUCGACGCAAACCGGAGUUUUUAGAUUCGCUAGCUUUCCAUGGGCCGAAUGAGACGUUGCGAUAGAGGUUUACCAAGAGGUGGCUGUGUUGUCGUCGCUUCAAAUGUUUUUUGAAGCUGGAGAACGUUUGGCGCGGGUGGCGCCCAAAGUUUGGUCGAGCGGCUUUGUUUUUGCAUUGCAUUGCACAUUUGAAUUCCAUUGACAGUGGAUUUUGGCGAGCCAUUUGUUGAAAGUUGGGAGCUGGCACUUGUUUGUUUCUUUUAAGCGUGCCGUUUCUAGGUGUCCAGGGCAUCCCCCGACCUCUGUGUUGACUCGAAUUGUGGAGGAAACGAAAGGAAAUUUCACGCGCGGUAUAUGUCUUCAGUUCUCCCACAUUUGCGUUAAGUUGCACCUCCGGAGAUCGUUCUUUCGUGCUUCCCCCUUCUGGCAAGGAAAGUGUUUUCCAAGUUGGAUUAGAGCAAAUGUAGCUGGGGAAAAAAGAAAAUGUUGUGUGUGCAUGUAUGUGGCUGUAAUCCUUGUUUCAGUGUCGACAUAAGUGGCCUUUUUCUCGUUCAAAGUAAAGCAUUUUUAGUUUAGGAACAUGGUACCUACUUCCACUGUCCGCCAUGCAAAGAACAACUCUCCAUUUGAUUUUUUUUUUAUGUGUCGUGUUUUGUGCAACGCUUUUCAUGUAUCUGGUGGUCUCGUGCUUAAUAAAAAGUGACGAAUAGAAUCUGGGCAA